AUGAACAGCAAACGCAACAUAGGCCUUUCCAACCGAACACUCAUUCUCUCAGCCCUGCACCACUGCGACACCGAGCUUCGAAGGACACAUCACCACCAAUCUCUGCAUGACAUGGGUGCAGCUUCAAGCCAUCAGAUGGAGGAUACGCUCAGGCUGUACGCCGUCCCUGGCUCCGACGAACUCGAGAUGAAGCGCGUCAAGAGGUUCAGAGAGGGUACAGAGCUGAAGGUCGAACUAGUAGACACUGAGCCACACAUCUUCCAGCUCUUCAUCCAAUUCCUGUACUAUGGCAAGUACGACGACAAGGACGACCUCGCCAACCAUGAAAAAAUCCGAGACAGUGCGAAAGCGUGGGUCCUAGGCGACUACCUUGAUGCGCCUACUUUCAAAGCGCUUGCCAUACGUGGACUAUGUGAUGUGUAUCUCCCAGAAUGCAAGAGGCCAUAUCCAAGAUCAGGUUUUGGGCCAGAGACGAUUGACUUUUGUUGUGAUCAUUCGACGCCCGACAGUUCACUAUACCGGUUGUACUUGACUAUUGCUGGGAUGUUCUGGACACACAGGAAGAUUGUCCACAUUACUAAGGAGAAUGAGUACGCCUGGACCGCUGUUUGGGACACACAUCCUCAUUUCCGCAACGAACUCUUUGGAAGGUUGUCGUCGGAUACGGGAAAGAAAUUGGAGUGGGAAAUCCCUGAGAUGCGGGCUUGGGCGCUAGAAAUGGAAUCAGCAAAGAAAUGA